AUGGCAGAGUCCGUCGCCAGUGGGCAGGCAGUAACAAAACUGUCGUGGUUUCGCCUUAACAAUCCAUCAGUCCAGAUUAUCUUGUCGGCGGCAUGCAUAGCUCUCAAUCCGGGCAUUUACCUGGCCCUAGCACUUCUAGGAGCUGGUGGUGGUCAACCCUCGUCGGCAACGAUGGCCAACAUUGCCAACGCCACUGCAUAUGGCGUGUUUGCCCUGUCGGCUCCUAUCACAGGCUCAAUCCUCAACAAGGUCGGCCCCCGGAUUUUCCUGGUUGUCGCGUGCACAGGCUAUCCCAUCUUCAGUGGCUCACUCUGGUAUUAUUUGGAGCACGGACAUCUGUGGUUCCCAGUAGUCGCGGCCGUCUACCAAGGUCUUGCAGGCACCAGCCUCUGGACCAGUGCCGUCUACAUGUGUAACGGGUACGCGGAAGAGCACUCCAAGGCAUUUUGGCGGUCGGUUCAAUGGAUUUUCAACAUGCUCGGCGCUGCCAUUGGUGCAUCGGUUGGUCUCGGUAUCACCUGGGAUUCAAUCGUCCUCGGCGUACCCAAGUCGGUCUACAUCACAUUCGUGAUCCUUCAAUGCUCCAUUGCGAGUUUUGGCCAUGUCCGCUUCAGGGACUCGAUCCGAGUCAUGGGUAAGCUUCUCUGUGAAUGGAGGACGCUCCUCCUGCUCCCGGUUAUGUUCUCGCCCGAGUUCUUUUUCCCUUUCCAGGCCAACAUCAAUGCAUAUGCCUUCAAUCUCAGGACGCGCAACCUCAACACCCUCUUGAAUACUCUCUUCCAAUUCCCCGUCACGGCAAUUCACACAUGGAUCAUUGAUAGAUGUGCCAAAUCCCGGAGGAGACGACUGUUCGUCGGCGUUACCGUUAACUGUGUGUGGGUCACGGGGGCCUAUAUCGCGCAAUCCAUCUGGCUGAACUCCUGGGACUUCAACUGGAAAAUCCCGGGACCGGAGAUUGAUUGCACCGAUAAGGCGUACCGAGGUGCUGUGGUGGUUUACCUCUUCUAUGCGGCGCAGUAUGGCAUGUUUCAAAGUCUUGUGCUGUAUGUUCUCGGCAGUUUCACCAAUGAUCCCGUCAAGACUGCGGCUUAUGGUGGUAUGUAUACUGGAGUCCUCAGUGCAGGUGCUGCGGUGUCGUUCGGCAUUAACGCCAGUCUGCUUCCUUUCGAGAAUGUCAAUGGUGAAUUCUUUGCCAUUUCAACUCUAUGCCGGCCUAUCUUGUACUUUGUCGUUUGGAAAACGGCCACAGAAACCAGCUAUGGCACGGAGGAGGAUGUUAUCGUGCCCGUCCAUAUUCGACAGGAGAUGGGCAUUGGGGACGAUGUCGUCGUGCAUGAUCGUUCCGAGAAGCUCAGCAACAGCUUGAAAGAGACGGCCGUCUAA